AUGUCGCAAAAUAUUCCAUUACACAUCGACGAUCAGCAAUAUCAUGUCGAUUUUAGUGACACCAUCAUGCCAUGGGACGAUAUUGUGAAGAUCCACAAGGAUAAGAAUCCGCUUUGUCUCCUCGCACGAAAUCUACCUCCUCUUCCAAGAUCAAAGAUCUUUGAAAAUCGUUUCGAUCCAGCGACUGGAUUACCGGCCGAUUUAAGAUACGAAAUAAAGAGAUUAGAAACAUUCAUAGAUUGGCCAAACAAAGUGGUACAAGCAAAAGACUUAGCCGCUGCUGGAUUUUUCUAUACGAGAGACACAACCUGCUGCAUCUGUUUUAGCUGUCACAAAUACAUGAAUUUUUCUUACGAUAAACCUAUCGUUAUAAGAGAUAUGCAUUUAAAGAAAAGUCCUAACUGUAAGUUUGCACAGGGUAAGUCAGUAGGCAAUAUACCCAUACGCAUGAGUAACAUUCUCAAUAGUAUUGUAAAUCAGAAGAGAGUUGCAGUAACAUCAGCAACAGCGACAGCGACAGCAACAGCGACAGUCGACCAGGAAGAUUUGAUAAAGACUCGAUACGAAUACGCUGGUCCGUUGCACGAUUAUUAUAAAACGACCCAAUCGCGGCUGGAGAGCUUUUUAAAUUGGCCUCAUCGUCAUCGUCAAAAAAUAGAGGCGCUAGUAGAGGCCGGAUUCUAUUAUCUUGGGAUUAGCGAUCACGUUCAAUGCUUUCACUGCGGUGCUUGUCUUCGCAACUGGGAGGAAGAUGACGAUCCUUGGAGAGUACACGCCGAGUGGUAUCCCGAAUGCUAUUACGUUCAAUUAAAGAAGGGAAAAGAAUUCAUCGACAAGGUCAGAUUAGAAGUAUCUCGUAUACCGAUGUGGAGACACAGUUCCAGCACCAGCCAAGAUACAUCGGAACAUGAUUGGAACAUCCUCCUGGGUUUGGACUAUACCAAACGCUUGAUAUUGGUGCAGGGGUUUCCCGUCGUUGCCGUUCGAGAUGCGCUCUGCGAGCAAAUUCUACAGACCGGCAUACCUUUUUCCAGAGAGGUCGACUGUACUUCAGCUGUACGGAAAAAAAUCGAAUCGUACGAGGAAAAAAAUAACAAUAAACUAUUGACAGCAGAGCGUAUUGCAAAUUAUCGAACGGUGUACGCUGUGAUGCGAUUUAUACAAAUGGUUAUGGGAAAGAGCUACAAUCGUUCCUAUCCUACCGGUUGUAUCGAGAAUUCGGUUUACCUGUAUAAGCAGUCAGCCUUUAACGAUAGCGGAGACCCCAAUAUCCCGAUGUAUCGUCAUGAAAUUUCCUUUAAUCUUCCGUAUCCCGAUCACACAUAUACCGGCUAUCAUAUCGAGAGCGAGUAUCGCAUGACACUGGACAGACUUAACUCUUACGAAAUUACCUCUCGAAUAAGUUCUAUUCUAGAUCAAGAACAGAGCGCAUCCCUAACUGCGAUAUGGGGAUAUCUGGUUCGACAGACAACAACAACAAAAAAGACAAAUACGUCAGCCUCUAAUGUGGAUAGGGGAGACAUAACAAAUGCACUAGAUUCAGUAGGAGAAGCAGCAGCAGCAGCAGCAGCAGCAGAUGAAGAAGAAGAACUAGAAGUAGAAGAAGAAGAAGAAGAACUAGAAGUAGAAGAAGAAGAAGAAGAUAUUGUCGUAAGCGAACUCGAAAAUCAGAGUGCAAUAGGGAUUACAAUCGCACCAGUACCAACGAUGACACCAAUACCAACUGUACAUACGAACGGACGUGAUCUAAUAUUCCAUACACGCUUAUAUAUAAUAUCAAAUGCGAAUAGCAGAAGAGUUGUACCCUAUCAAAAUUUUAACAGUAUUAUAAGAGGAGAACCUGAUAUACAACACAGACAGUUCAAUAAUCGAGACGAAGAAGCCGAAUCGAAACUUUCACGAUCAACUGGAAUAGAGGAAGGUGAACCAAACAAGAACAUCAAUAAAGACGAGAGGCAUCUCUGUAAGAUCUGCAUGGAUGCCGAAAUAGAUGUGGUUAUUCUUCCCUGUAAUCAUAUGGUGUGUUGUACUGAUUGUCUGUUAACCCAGUCAAAGUGCCCCAUUUGUCGGGGAUCGAUUAACCAUGUUAUUAAACCGAUCUUGCUUUGA